AGCUGGAGUUUAAAUGCGCUUUAGUGUCUGUGCAGCGUCAGAUCAGCUGCAGGGUUGAUGGUAGAAGAUGCAUUAAGACGAUAAUCAGACAGAGAGGAGAUAUGGCGACGGCUAUCAUCGCCAACGCCGUGGCGACUAUCGGCAGCCUCUUCGCUGGAGUCACGAACUACUUCACUGACAUGUUCCUGACUCCUCCACUGAAGGCAACUCUGAAGCAUUUAGAGGAGACUGACCUCAAGACUCUGCAGGGGGACACCAGAACCCUGAAAGCCAGGAGUCUGUGGCAGAGCUCUGGAGCUGUCAUCAUGGCAGUGAGGAGGCCUGGAUGAUUUUUGUGCAGAGAGGAGGCUGCAGAGCUGUCCUCUCUCAAACCCCAGCUGGAUCAGCUCGGGGUCCCUCUGUUUGCUGUGGUGAAGGAGGACGUCGGCACCGAGGUCCAGAACUUCAGACCAUACUUCAAAGGGGAGAUCUUCUUGGAUGAAAAGAAGAGGUUUUAUGGACCCCGUGAGAGGAAGCUUGGCCUCUUGGGGUUCAUGCGUGUUGGCGUGUGGAUGAACGGCCUGAGGGCCUUCAGGAACGGCUUCUUUGGAAAUGUUUCAGGAGAGGGCUUCGUGCUUGGCGGAGUCUAUGUCAUUGGUCGAGGGCAGCAGGGAAUACUUCUGGAGCACAGAGAGAUUGAAUUUGGGGACAAAGUCAACCCUGAGCAUGUCAUCUGGGCUGCAAGAAGAAUAUCACAAGAGCUUCGCCCUAUAGAGAACAGACAAAGCUCAGAUGGUCACUGGUAGAUAACUGAUCUAGUAUCUUAAUGAGAGCAGCAAAAGUUAAAGAAAGAGAUGAUGGAAGUGCAGAAGGUAAACGGCAGUGUAAGUUUUUGUGACGCAGGUUUGUUGGUGUAUUGGUCUCAGGAUACAGUUUGCAGUAUGACUUCGUAGUACAAGGAUCUGAGUGUGUUCAUGAUGGUCUGUCUUUAAACUCAACAGAGGAAGCAGGCCUGAUACCUGACACUCAGCUUUCAGAUAUUGCUCUGUGAUACUUUGACUUUGUUACCCUGAGCGCCAAGAAACCACAACCUUUGGAAAAUAAAGCUUUGCUUUGUGAUCGACA